UCUGCGCUCCUGCGGGGCCGGCGGGGGGAGCCGAGGCUGCGGAGCUGCCCCCAGCCCGGGGCCGGCGGGGGGAGCCGCGGGGCCCGCAGCCCCCGGGGGGAGCGCCGACCCUGCCGUGUGACAGCCGGGGGGGGGACGCUGCUGCCUCGGCGAGCCCGGCUGCGGCGGCUGCAGCCAUGUGUUUCUCCGCCUGCCCGUGACACAAUAACACGGGAAGCGGGGGGGGAAAUCCAAGCCUGCCGAGGAGAAAAGUGACCUGCCCCGCUCAGGCCCGCGGCGAUGGAGGAGGGCAUGAGCAGCAUGCAGCAGAAAGCGACGGAGCUGGAGCACAUGGCCGAGGUCCUGCUCACCGGCGAGCAGCUCCGGCUCCGACUGCAUGAAGAAAAGGUCAUUAAAGAUCGGCGGCACCACCUCAAGACGUACCCGAACUGCUUUGUUGCCAAAGAGCUGAUCGACUGGCUGAUUGACCACAAAGAGGCCUCAGACCGAGAGACGGCAAUUAAACUGGUGCAGAAAUUACUGGAUCACAGCAUUAUCCACCAUGUCUGUGAUGAGCAUAAGGAAUUCAAGGAUGUCAAACUCUUCUACCGCUUCCGAAAAGAUGAUGGGACAUUUCCACUGGACAACGAGGUGAAGGUGUUCAUGAGAGGACAAAGACUGUAUGAAAAGCUGAUGAGUUCUGAAAAUACCCUUUUGCAAGCCAGGGAAGAAGAAGGAGUCAAGUACGAACGGACCUUCGUGGCAUCGGAGUUCAUUGACUGGCUGAUCCAGGAAGGAGAGGCCACGACACGGACUGAAGCAGAGCAGCUCGGCCGCAGGCUUUUGGAGCAUGGGAUUAUACAGCAUGUGUCCAACAAGCACCAUUUUAUGGACAGCAACUUGCUCUAUCAGUGCAGAAUGAAUUUCCGCCGGCGGCGGCGAUUAAUGGAGCUCGUCACCGAGAAGUCUCGCUUGAUGCCAGAGAGCCAUGACAGCCCGUUUUGCCUGCGCAAGCAGAACCAUGACAACAGAAAACACACCAGUUUUCUCUCAGUGAGUCCCACCAAGGAGAUAAAGAUUGUAUCGGCAGUACGGAGGAGCAGCAUGAGCAGCUGUGGCAGCAGUGGGUACUUCAGCAGCAGCCCAACGCUCAGCAGCAGCCCCCCUGUGCUCUGCAACCCCAAAUCCGUACUAAAGAGAUCCGUGACUGCUGAUGAGCUCUUGAUGCCUGGAGCACCAUAUGUAAGAAAAACUUUUACGAUUGUCGGUGACGCGGUGGGCUGGGGCUUCGUGGUGCGGGGCAGCAAACCCUGCCACAUCCAGGCCGUGGACCCCAGCGGGCCAGCAGCCGCAGCUGGGAUGAAGGUUUGCCAAUUCGUGGUGUCUGUCAAUGGCCUCAAUGUUCUCCAUGUAGAUUACAGGACAGUGAGCAACCUCAUUCUGACUGGCCCUCGGACGAUUGUGAUGGAAGUGAUGGAAGAAAUAGAGUCCUGAGAAGAAAAAACAAAACCUCUUAAUUGACAUUUUUGUAAGAGAAAUAGCGAUGCCUGUGGAGCGGCAUGACCCAAGGAGGCAAAAUGUUGCUGUGUCUAAAUAGAUAACUUUUCUUUUUUUGGAAAGGGGGUGUCUUUCAUUUAACAAUAAUAGCACUGGUGAUUAUGCUAAGAACAAUAGAUACCAGCAUGUUUUCACUAAGGACUUUUCUUUGCCCGACAGAGACAAGGUUAAGGCCUUUAGGUUGUCUGUCCAGCCUGCGUCGGUCAGAAUGGCUUCCCGCCUAAGAGGCCGUGCAGACUUCCUCACAGUCCAGCACUGGAUCAAAGCUCUUCAGGAGAUGAAAGAAGCAAACAGUGUGGGGUCAGGAUGUCACAGACGGUUUGCAUGACAUAUUUACAUUGUUAAACAUCCUCCUGGUGUCCAGUGUUGUCCCAGGAGCACGUGCUGCUGCAGUUGUUCCCUCCUUGGGCUGAGGGACAGCCGGCUUGAUUGCAAUCAAUACAAACAAACUACAAAUGCAUGAAAAAAGGUGUUUAUUCUCUGUAGGGAAUACUCUGGUAUGAAUGUUUGGGUCUGGCAGAAUACAUGGAUUAGUCUAGAAAGAAAAAUACAAGACCAUGCAAAAUGGAAAAUUGUGUGGUACUUUUGCUAAACAUGGCCUUGGAAAAUCAGGCCCUUUGUUUAGAUGCCUAUGCACUGGUUUAGGUGCUCAAGCAUAAGAUGGUGAUUUGAAUUUUUUUUUCCUUAUCUGUAAUGAAAAGGUGUCUCAGUCUUGUCGUUUGUCACUUUGGAGAAAUUUUGGACACCUCUAUUCCUAGAAGAAGAAGACAAUUUGGUGGGUUGAAAUGGGAAAUUCACAGUGUUAGCAUUAGCAGUGAUACAUCCAGAUGCUCCAGUAGAGCACUUCAGAUCGAAGUGCUGAUGUACUUGAAUGUACAUUAAACUUGUUAGCACUUUCCAAUCAUCAAAUGUUUUGCAAACUACAGACUUGCCACGUGAAUUGCAUUUGACACUGUUACUAAUAAAAAAAUGUAUUUAACCAAUGCUUACUCUUUUUUCAAAUGAAUUAAUGAAGCAAAUCUUUUUUAAAAAUGCAUAUACAAAUUCCAUAUUAUGCUGAGUUAGGUGGCUCUUCAACUUGAUGGUAAUUGAACUGCAUCUGUUUUCUUUGAUCUUUCAACUGAAUAAAUACAUCCUUGUCCACAAAAUUAUAAAUAUGUAUUGCAGACUUUCUCUACUGCCUAAAUUAUACAAUUAAAGCUUGCCUUUGUAUAUGAGCAUACCGUGAAUCCUUCAGUUAUGGGAUGGGGAAAGUAUUUUUUUCCUCAAAUAAUUUUGAAAUCUGUUUUAUAUUAAAAAUUAUUCUCACUAAA